CACUGCAGAGUAGUUUCUUCCUCGGACGUCCUCCUCACUUGUUGUUACAUGUGAGCAAUAACCUACAGCUGCUCUGUGGUUCAGUGAUUCAGUUCCUACACUUGUUGGUCUCAUCGGGGAGCAAAAGGAGUUUCACUUCAAACACCCCUGUUCUUUGUCCCUGAGCUUAUUUUUAAGGACAUGGAUGAGCAAAACAAACUUUUAUCCCGGCCCAUCUUCCGCAGAGAUGUGGCCUGGGAAUCUUUCCCGAACUGGACCCAGCCAAGCCGUAUCUUUGCUCAAGAUUUCGGGCUCCCUCCUUUCCUGGAGCCCAGUGACCUCGACUGGCUUGACUGGGCAAAAAAGAGGCUAGCAUCCGUCUCUUGGCCGGGAUUCACACAGUCCCCACUUCUGCCUCCGUUUAUCAGCCAGCCGCGCGAUGAGCAGGACAAAAAGAAAUCGACACAACUAACAACUGGUGUGUCAGAGAUGCAAACUGAUCAGAAUAGCUGGAAAAUUUCUCUAGAUGUCCAUCGCUUCUUACCAGAAGAGAUAAUGAUCACAACCAAGGAUGGGUACUUACAGAUAUCAGGAACUCAUGAAGAAAGGCAGGAUGAGCAUGGAGUGGUUAAAAGGUGCUUCAGUCGUAAAUACAAGUUGCCACAGGGGGCAGAUUUGCAGCACAUCAGUUCAGCGCUGUCUGAUGGAGUCCUAUACGUGGAGACUCCUGUCUCUGGCACACCUCUCAACAACCCGAGCAACGAGAUUGUUGUCCCAGUUCAGAUCAAACAGACAGAAGAGGGGGAGAAGUGUGCAACAGACCCAUCUGUGUGAUGCAGCCUAAAGAGAUGAGGAACUUUACUGGUGGAUCUUUUAUCAUAAUUUACUACAUUUUCCUGACUUGCAAAGCUGUAACUUCUCAGCUUCUCUAGAUCCUUUUUAGAUAUUUAAAAUCAGAUGAUCACUUCCCAAAACUUUUUCUUUAAAGCACAAAAGUUUUCAAACAUUUGAUGUGAAUAAUAAUCCACAUAAUGCUACCCUAAAAUUAUAUAAUAUACAAUUUAAAUAGGCUUUUAACAUCGGAAUAACGAAUAAUGAAUAACACAUUUUUGAUAACUAUGGUUUAAUUGUUCUUUGCAGUACCUUUUCUAAAUGUCUGAUCAAUUUCUAUGUUUCUCUCUGUAGGCUUAUUUAAGAUUAUUAAUUUGCUCCUUUCAAAGAAUGAUAAGGCUGAUAAAGGUUGAUCUGAGCUUUUAUUCAGCCCUGAAAUGACUAUUUUAGUACAUAAAUCCUAUCCAACAUUAGAUUAACAAAAUUAUUGAUAGUUAGACAUUGUAUCCCACUGUUGCUAAAUAUUCUACUAAAUAUUAUCCAGCCACUUGAGGGCACUCUUAGGGAAAUAUAAUUUCUGUCUUAAACAGAAACAGAAACAGAAAGCUCAUAAUGCAGAUGAACAUAAUUUCACAACAUAAACUCACUUUAUCUUCACUAUUCAGAAUGGGAUUGUAUGACUUCAGGCAACUUGGCAAGAUGGUUUGAUUUAAACUCACCAAAAAGGAAGCUUUUUUUUUUUUUUUUUUUUUUUUU